AUGCUUCGACACCGCCUGCCUCUCCUCUUGGCUGCACUCGCCUGGUCGACGGCGCUGGCCAUCGCAACUUCGAAAAGCGACGAGUGCGUCGUGGGCGGCGGACAUGUGCUCGCCGCACGGGGCUCGCAGACACGGCUCCUCACUGACCCACGGUCGCCCGCGGGUGUUCAUCGCGCUGUGGCGUCCUUUGCCAAGGACAUCGAGGCUGCCGUACCGGGGGCUCACGUAAGCGUGCGCAACGUCACGUCCGCCCGCGAGGUGACAAGCUACGAAGACGACGGCGGCGGCAUUGCGCGUACGAUCAUCGUGGGCGCGCUCAACGAGGACGGAGGCCUGGCAGGGAGCAUUGCCACCGAGAGCGGGACCAACGUGUCGCACAUCGAGGGCCAGUGGGAGGCCUGGAGCGUGUCUCCCGCCCGUCUCUCGAGCGGUUCGGAGGUGCUUCUCGUCUCGGGCGCCGACAAGCGCGGCACCAUCUACGCCCUCUACACGCUCUCGGAGCAGAUGGGCGUCUCGCCGUGGCACUGGUUCGCCGACGUGGCAACAAGGGAGCAGGCGCAGGUGCAUGUGCAGCCCUGCUGGCACCCCUCGCCCACCGUCAAGUACCGCGGCAUCUUUCUCAACGACGAGCAGCCGGGGCUGACCAACUGGGCCAACAAGCACUUUGGCACGGGCAGCACCCUCGGCAACAAGGACCCGCUGAUGCAGAGCUUCCUUCCCUCGUUUUACGAGCACGUCUUUGAUCUGCUUCUCCGGCUUAAAGCUAACAUGCUGUGGCCUGCCUUGUGGUCCGACAUGUUUGCCGUCGCCGGGCUCGAUGCGCUGCCCGCGCGGCCGCUCGCCGGGCCGAACCAGGCCAUGGCCGACGCCUUUGGCAUCAUCUACUCGACGUCGCACCAGGAACCCAUGGCGCGCAACACGCCCGAGUGGACCAAGUACGGCACGGGCGAGUGGAACUACACGACCAACAAGGCCGAGCUCGACGCCUUUUGGCGCUACGGUGCCGAGCGGGCUGCCCAGCUCGACACGAUCUUCUCCGUGGGCAUGCGCGGCGAUGGCGACAUCCCGCUGCCGGGCGCCAGCGUGCCUUUACUCGAGUCGCUCGUCGCCGAGCAGCGCAAGAUCCUCUCGAACGCCCACGGCGGCGCCGACGUGACGACGAUCCCGCAGCUGUGGUGCCUGUACAAGGAGGUGCAGAGCUACUACGACGAAGACGGGCUUGCGGUGCCCGACGACGUGACGCUGCUGUGGACCGACGACAACUGGGGCAACCUCCGGCGCGUGCCCUCGGCCAACAACGAGACGGCGCGCGCGGGGGGAAGCGGCCUCUACUACCACUUUGACUACGUGGGCGACCCGCGCAACUACAAGUGGAUCUCGACGAUCAACUUUGCAAAGACGUGGGAGCAGCUGAGCGUCGCGCAGCAGACGGGCCUCGACCGCAUCUUUAUCCUCAACGUCGGCGACCUCAAGCCAAUCGAGGUGGCCACCCACUACGCACUCGACCUGUCCUACCGCGGCACCGCCUCGGCUGCCAUGGCGCCCGACGAGUGGCUCAGGGCGUGGUCCCGCUCGACGUUUCCCGCGCUGCCCGCGGCGGACGUGGCGCGCGUCGUGGCCGGCUACAACAUGCUCAACAACCGCAUCAAGCCCGAGCUGCUCAAUGCGACGACGUGGAGCCUCGCGUGGCACCACGAGGCCGAGGCCGUCGAGGCAGCCUGGGACGAGCUGACGUCGACCGUGGCCCGGCUGCGAUCUGAACACACGACCGACGCCGCCUUUGAGCAGCUCGUCGCCUUUCCCACGCUCGCCUCGGCCAACCUCAACAGGCUGUACACGGCUGUGGGGCGCGCGAAUCUGCAUGCCAGCCAGGCGCGCAACUCGGCCAACCUCUGGGCCGACAGGGCGGCGGACCACUUCCUGCACGAUGGCGAGCUCACGGCAGCGUACCACGCGCUGCUGGAUGGCAAGUGGGAUGGAAUGAUGAGCCAGUCGCACAUCAACUACGCCUACUGGCAGCAGCCGAUGCGCGACACGAUGCCACCCGUCGCCAGGGUGCAGACCGACGAUGCCUGGCCUGCCGAAGACGGGUACAUGCCCUCGUCGUCGCCGGGGCCCCUGCGCGUCACCAUCGAGGGCAGCAAGGGCGCCUGGCCCGGCGACAACGUCAACAACUGCGCUCAGGGCUACAGCUGUCCUCCCCCGUCGCUGCAGCCGAUGGAUCGGUACGGCGCGCAGAAGCGGUGGAUCGACGUGUCGAGCGGGACGUGGCGCGGCGUAAGCUACACCGUGUCGAGCAACGUGUCCUGGCUGACGCCAUCGACGAGGUCGGGCCACCUCGCGGGCGAUGGCAGCACCGACGCGCGCAUCUGGGUCACCGUCGACUGGGACAAGGCGCCCACGAACAAUCUCAGCUACGGCGGCAUCUCCAUCAUGCCGGCCAAUGGCACGCUCACGAGGACGUCAACCACGACGGUCACGGUGCCCAUCGACGGCAGUAGCGUCGAGGGAGGGCCGAAGAGUGGCGGUUUUGUUGAGGGCGACGGCAUUGUGGCCAUGCCUGCGAGUAACGCGACAAAGGCAAGCAACACCACCGACGCCAGCUGGCUCUCACUGCCCGGGUACGGCCUGACGGGCCAGGCGAUGACGGUCAUGCCCGCCACGGCGCCCACGUACGAGGUGGGCAAGGGCCCCGCGCUCGUCUUUGACUUCUACAGCAGCGCCUCGGGCCCCGUCAAUGUGACGACGUACCUCGGGCCGAUUCUCAACUACCGCGCAGGAAACCCGAUGACGUACGCGCUGCAGAUCGACGACGGCGCACCAGCGACGGUGCAGCCGAUCCCGCUGGCCAGCUCGGCGGGCUCGGACCCGCCCGACUGGAACGGCGUCGUGGCGGCGGGCGUGCGGACAAAGACGACGCAGAUGUCGCUCGGCAGCAGCACCGGCUGGCACACCCUCACCCUGUGGAGCACGCAGCCGGGCCUCGUCGUCGAGAUGGUAGUCAUUGGCCAGGCGCCCCUGACCAGCCUGCCCCCGCCGCCUUCCUUCCGGAUGGCAGACUGA